AUGCAUCCUGUGUCGGUCUUCAGUAAUUGGGACAAAGUUGAUCACUACACCAAGAACAUUAUCAUCUACUCUGCACGAAAGAAAUGCCACAUGCUCAUGGCCUACACUGAGGGUGUUGAUUUGGUGUCUUUUAUAUCGAGUAAUAUUCCUGUUGGUACUUCGAAGUUCGACGUUAGAGCCUCAAGAUUGCCCUCAUCUUUCAAACGUUGUUUGUGUCUUACGAAAGAUGAUCAGGAAGAAUCGGCGAGAUGA